AUGGGAGGACACUUGUCUCACCUGGAGAGAGAAGAACAUCCGGAGAAGUUGGACGCCUCGUGUGGUCCAAUUCGAGGGAAUGUUUAUCGGCAUGACACCAAAAUCGUCGAUGGCUAUCUAGGAAUUCCCUAUGCAAAACCACCAAUCGGUGAGCUUCGAUUCAAAAAACCUGUACCUGCAGACAUUUGGACUGAUACCAAAAAUUGCACCAAGUACGGACCGCGAUGCCCACAAUCUGGAGCAUUCCCAGAAAUGAUCAAGUUUCAUAAGGAUGACAUUCCCGACGAGGCGAACUGUCUAAACUUGAACGUUUUUGCUCCACGAUGGGAGUCUGACGAGUUCAAGACGUCUGGUAGACCUGUGAUGGUGUAUGUGCAUGGUGGCGGAUUUGAGUUGUCAGCUUCUAGAGACUAUUGUGAUUACUCGGUAUCGGGAGUGGUCCCAAUGUCCGGCAACGCACUUUGUGAAUUCGCCUGCAGAACCUGCAGAAAUGAAGCCAAAGCUUGUCUGGAAUACAUCAAACAUAUUGGAUACAAAGGAUCCGAUGACUCUCAGGAGAUUCUAAAUUGGCUCAAGCACAAGCCAAUCGAAGAAAUGGACAAACUAACCGGGUACCAAUUGCCUGUCACCGGAUACUUCAUCUACCAACCAAAUAUUGAUGGUGAUUUCCUGUCUAAACCACUGGAUGAAUUGAGAAAAGAGGCUCCAAAGAAAUCCGUGAUGGUUGGCGUCGCAGAGCAUGAAGGCCUAUUUUUCUCGUUGACUGGAGAUCCGAGACCUGCAGAUCAGAUACUAAAGGAAAUGAUUUGUGUGUCAUAUAAGGAGGAUACAGGGGAGAAGUUCGAGGAGAAUAGAAAGAAAGUUUAUGAGUUUUAUGCUAAAAAUGUGGAUCCAAACGAUGAGGCGAAGUUGAAAGAGAAAUUGGUGGAUUUCCUCGGAGACACGAUUUUCAAUGGUGGGACUAUUGCAUGCGCUCAAGCCUCCGUUAAAUACGGCAACGACGUCUGGUUCUACGUCUUCGACUAUGUGAAUCCACGUGGAUUCGGAGAGCUCGAACAAGUCUUGCCUUUUGUUGGACCAACUCAUUGUACGGACCUUCGAUACAUCCUAGGAGAAGGACUAUAUAGCGAGUUCAAACCUGAUGAUGCCGAUUGGGAGAUGAUUGAGACAAUGACAACCAUGUAUGCUAACUUUGCUAAAUAUGGAAAUCCCAACGGCAAAAAUGGUCUUUCUCAUUGGGAGCCAUACACAAUGGACCAUCCGGAACGCCACUACCGUAUCGCGUAUCCACGUGGCGAAAUGAGAGAGGAAUAUCAUAAGGGACGCUGGGAGUUCAUUAAAAUGAUUCGAGAUAAUAACAAGAAUUUGGAAGAAGUUGUCUAUGGGAGAUGA